CGCCCGGCGGCCGUUGUCAGCAGUGCAAGGAGAACACGCUGGCAAAGCAGAACUCUUCUGACGACAUCGCUUCUCUUGUUCAAAGCAGUGAAGUCACGUCCCAAUCUGACGUGGGAGGUGGGGGGCACUGCAAUUCCAUUUAAAAAAAAAACGCGAGCAAGCCGAACAUCUGAGUCUUACGGGAGGUGGCAGAAUGCAGCACGCCACGGAUACCUGCUUGCCUGCCGCAGCUUGAGUUUUCAUUUUUAUAAAUUCAUUCAUUUAAACAAGUAAAACUUGAUUAAUUAAAAAAAAAAAAAAAAAUCCAACAUGGCGGAAGAACUCAACGAGCUUUUGGACACGGACAAGUUGUAUCUGACACAAAUACGAUACCUGGAGGAGCAGCUGGAGAAGUGCCAGAACAAAUGCGAGGAGCUGGAGAACCAGGUCCAGGACCUGCUAUACGAGCAGCGGGUUCUGCGCAAGGACAAGGCAGAUGUCACGCGCUACCUGAAGCGCACGCUGGAUGCCAAGGACAAGAAGGUGGAGAUGCUGAUGGAGCAGGUGGAGAGCCAGCAGGAGGCGGCGGAGCACCAGAAGGAGCUCAUGGAGCAGCUGGAGGCCAUGGUAGAGCAGCUUGAGGCCCGGAUACAGGAACUAAACGCAGAGAUCAGCACGCAAGCGGGCAAGCUGGAGGCUCAAUCCGAGCAGCUGGUGGCUCUGGAGGAGAAGCUGGUAAAGCAGAAGCAUGACCAAGAGGUUGCCGUCCGCCGCCUGAAGGAGGAUGCAGAGCGAGACAAGACCAACAUGAUCGCUGAGACCAUGAGGAACAUGGAAGUGGUGUUUGAGGACAAGAUGGCCAAGAUGCUGCAGCAGGAGCGUGAGCAGAACAGCGAGAAGAUGCAUCAGCUGCAAAACAUGCUGGGAGAAAACAUGACGCUGUGGCAGGAAAAGGAUGUGAUGCAGAAGAGGGAGCUGGAACUCUACUGUGAGGUCAGCCGUCUCCAGGAGGAGCUUGUCAAGAAACCCAGACGCAAGCUCAGCCGCAGGAAGUGACCAAUCCCCUCACGUGUUCUCCUUGUGAAUCUAAACUGAACUGCCAACCUGCUGGAACAACAACAAGAAAGACGACAGGAAGUGUCCACUGUGACCUUCAGCAAGACAAAGUUGGGAAAGUGCUCCACACGUAUUUUGUAACUGUCUUUUGACUCUUCGGUGUGGCUGUCCCCCAACGAGCUACAAAACUGUCAUAAAUCAACUUCAUAAACUGUCAAGAAAAUGACAAACUAUCAUAAAACGGCCAAUGUACAUAAACUCUUACAAACAACAUGUACUAUGCUACAGACUACAUACACUGCCAUACACACUACAUAAGCCAUCAUGUGUAUGACAAAAACCCACAAAAUACAGAAUUUCAGAUUUCAUAAACGAUCAGAAACUUUAUAAAUCAUUGUACAAGUUUCAGAAACCUUCAUACAAAUUACAGAAAUUAGGAGCGUCUGCAAAGCGUCACAUAAAGGGCAAAAGCCAAACAAAUUUCCUAAAUAGAAACUAUCACCUGCAGAAAGUAAGCUACUAGCUACAUUUGCUAUCAUACAAACUAUAUAAAAUCUCAUACAUAUGGCGUCAUAAAAACUUCAGAAACUAUAAUACACAUGUAAAACUACUAGACUACAGAAUAAUUACAAAUCUCAUACAUAAACUACCAUAAAGAAAGUUAUUCAAAUUACAAACCAUGCUACAAAUCGUAUAACUCAUACAAGCUACUAGACCAACUACAUAAACGAUGAACUUCCAUGCAAACUACAAAAACACGAUAUGUACACAUUAUUUAGCAAUAUUUAGCACUAGAUGACACUUCAUAAUGACAUGACACAAUGUGACAUGACUACAUAGUACUAGAUGACACAGCAGGAUACCACAUAGUACCAGAUGCCAAACAAAACUGGAUGACAAACUACAGGACUCACUAAGUUAUUACGUUGAGGCACAUUUUGGCUGAAUUACUGCACCAAUGCAGUAUUGCAUGGAAUUGAUCAGUCUCCACUGCUCAAGGAUUGUGAGAGCCCAGAUUUCUCUGACGGCAGCCUUCAGCUCUCCUGCAUUGUUGGAUCUGGCGUAUCACAUCUUCCUCUUCGCCAAAUCUACGGGGUUGAGGUCAGGAAAGAACAGGGAUAUUGUAGUCCUGAGACCAGCAGGUGUUGGUAGCUCUGGUACUGUGUGCAGGUGGUAAAUCCUUCGUCUCCACAUAAUUGCUAAGUAGCAAGAAGCUUGAAGUGCUGUAAAACCUGCUGGUUGACUUUGGAAUUAAGUAAAAACUGGGCCAAGCAGCACAUGUCAUGAGACCUCAAACCAUCAGUGACUGGAGACCUUGCACUUGACCUCAAGCAACGUGGAUUCUGUGCCUCUCCUCUAUUCCUCCAGACUCUGGGACGUUGAUUUCCAAAGGAUGUGCAACGAAGGGGUUCUGUUUCACAACCCUCUCCAGGGUGCGGUUACCACUAUUGCUUGUAUACUUUUUUCCUACCACACCCAUUCCUUCCCUACGCCUCUAUUAAAUGUGUUUGGGUACAGAGUUCUGUGAACCACCAGGCCGUCGGCAAUGACCUUUUGGACAACUAACUGUCAGGUCAGCAGUCUUCCCCACCAUUGUCCAGCCUACAGAACAAGACCGAGAGACAACUUAAAAGCCUUUGCACGUGUUUUCAUAGUGUUCUAACUUUCUGAGAGACGCAACUUGGGGGUUUAUUUAGUUGUCAGUUAUAAUCCUCAACAUAAAUAAAACUUGAAAU